GCUGACUGUGAGCCCCAGUAGUGACACUUGGCUUUACUGUACUUUGUGUUUAAAUAGCUUCCGAAGGCCAAACGCCAAACAGAAUCUAAGACCGAACAGGAAAACCUAAGACUUAAAUUAAGUAAAAUACAAAACUCAGUGCCGGCAAACGAAGGAAGGAGUGGCUAUUCCAGGGAAAUAAUCAAACCAUGGAUCAAGGUUCGCCGAUAAAUGAUUCCAAAACUCAGGAGCUCAGCAAGGAGCAUAGUAUGAAUAAGGGAAGAAAUAAAUUAUGCAAUUUACCUGACAUAGUUCUUCAACACAUACUAUCCUUCCUUGGGACAAAAGAUGCUGUCAGAACAAGUGUGUUAUCAAAAAGAUGGCUAUAUCUGUGGGUUUCAAUGCCCAAUCUCAACUUUAUACAAGGGCCAAGCGAAAUGAAUGAUUGGAAUAGGAAUUUGUUCAUGAAUCUUGUAGAAAGAGCACUAGUGCUUCGGAAGUCUUCAAAUGUACAAAAGUUCUCACUGUCUUGUGAUGUGUUUUGUGAUGCAUGUAGCAUUAAUUCAUGGGUGUUUUCUGCAGUAAGACAUAAAGUUCAAGUGUUAGAUCUUUGCCUUUUCUUAAAUGAAGAAUCAUUUGUCUUGCCUCGUAGUCUAUUUACUUGUGAAUCAAUCAAAGUGUUGAAUUUACAGAUGUGCUAUAAUCUCAGGCUUCCUUCUUCUAUCUUUUUUCCAAGUCUCAAGAUCUUGACUCUUAAGCAUAUUGUAUUUCCUGAUGACCAAUCAACACAACGGCUCUUUUCUGGUUGCCCAGUCUUGGAGGAGUUGACUCUAGAUAAUUGCUAUUGGGAGAAUAUCAAUGCCAUUAGUAUUUCUGCUCCAAUGCUUAAAAGCUUAGUCAUAUAUGACCUCCUUGACAGUGAAAGCCGUUGUCAAGUCAUCAUUUUUGGGAUGAGUCUUAAAUUCUUUGUUUACGAAGGUAGAUUAAAGAAUGAUUAUCGUUUUUGUAAUCCAUUGUCAUUGGUUGAGGCUUGUAUUAAUGUGGAUGGAAGACAGAUAGAAGUUGCUUAUCAUGCAAACAAGCUUAUAAAAGAGCUUUCUAACGUAGAAAGUCUAGUACUGACACCUCAAACAUUUGAGGCCCUCGACUACAAAGAAGAAUUCAUUGCUCAUCUACCCAAGUUUCAUAACCUGACCCAUCUUGAAUUUUACAUGGGUUUUGUGGACAUGGCUUCUGGAGCACUAAUGAAAGUAUUCCAAAACUCGCCGUGUCUUGCUUCUCUUGAAUUGAACGGGGGUAUUGAACUAACCAAGGAGGAUUGGAAAUUGGAUCACGUGCCUCCAUGCUUCUUAACACAACUUAAGACUAUCAAAAUUGGUGAUUUUCUUGGAACUGAAGAAGAAGUACUUGUGGUGAGGACUUUGCUUCAGAAUACAGCAGUCUUAGAAAGAAUGGUUAUAUCUUGGUCUAAAGAAUUCUCAGGGCAAGAUCAAAAGCAAAAGGCAGUUAAUGAUCAUCUACUAACAGUUCCAAAAGGGUCACUGAAUUGUGUUAUUUCUUUCUCUUGAGCAGUGAGCGAUUUUGGUUUCGGUCAUUUCUGUGUCGGAACAUGCAAAGGAUGUAGCUAUUUUUGUUUAGGUUUUCAGCUUUAGCCAAAAAAUUGCAUUGUAGACCAAGUGCUUGACCCUCUAUUGUUCUUCAAUUUUGGCUAAUUUAAUUAAUAAUUCUUUAGUUUUCA